UGGUCCAUGUACCACUAUUACAGAGUAAAAGAAAUAGCCAGCCACCAAGACUUUGAUAUCACGAAGAAAACCUUUCUGUACAUAGGAGGGUAUUGGGAUUCCACGGCGUGGGGGCUUGGUCUGACAUUGGGGAGUAUUUAUAAGCAAUUGGGAUAUAAUGUGCUCCUUUUGGAUACUGUGUAUUUUACCACCACAUAUUUUGUCGACUCCGCACGCCUGAUGCGCGAAGUUGGCAAGUACGGGGCAGAAAUGCUAGCAACCCUAACUACACUCGGACUCGACCCUACAACCCUGGAGAUAGCCGGCCUCAGUCUAGGCGCUGAGACCAUGAGCUUCGUAGCUAAAAACUACCGGAGGAUAACCGGGAAAAAUAUCUCCAUGCUCGUUGGCAUGGACACCGGGGGUCCCUGCUUCAGACAUCUAGGACCGGAUGACAGAUUAGAUCCGUCAGACGCCGAUUUUGUCCUGGCCAUCAUCACGAACAGCGAGGGUUUUGGAAUAGGUACCCCUGUUGGACACGCGUCGUUCUACGUCAAUGGGGGGGAGUGGCAACCAGGAGAAAUCUCUUGGUUGCCAUGCGAUGUCAUGUGCAGUCAUUUAAGAGCAUAUUUUCUCUGGAUAGCAGCUCUGUUAAACCCUGGUAAACUAAUCGCUGUGCAAUGUGAUACUGUGGCACAAGCGAAAGAUGGUGAUUGCUAUGACAGAAAGCCACAAGUGACAAAUACAAUGGAUUUGACUAUUGAUAAAAGCAAACCUGGUAUAUAUUAUCUGCGAACGUCCAAUAGGUAUCCGUUUGGUUUGGGGAAGAAUGGGUUAAGGAAGAAAGGAAAGUCUGUGUCAUAUUUUUAAAAUUACUAAAUAUUUGUACUGAA